UGUUGACAAACGUGACCAAUGCAGAUCUCUGCCCAUUUGCAGUUUCGUCAUCAGACGGAAUAAGAUGUAAUUUAACGGGAUUUUGUCGACGUUGUGAGGCCGCAGCUGGAUUCUACUUGAAGUUGUGAAUCCGGUCUAAACUAAACCAUGCUGAAAUGGCUUUCCGGUGAAGAGGGAGAGCCUGGCCCUGGAGGUCCAGGCUCUCCCCAUGUUGCUGCUGCUGCUGCUGCUGGUGGUGGAGAGGCUGCUGCAGAAGAAAUGGCAGACCGGCUCACCCAAACUGAGCUGCUUGUCACUCAGCUGAAGGAGAUGAUUCGGGAGAAGGAUGCAGCACUUCGUGCCAAAGAUGACCAACUGAAGGUGGAGAAAGAGACAUGUGAGUCCAGAUUGUCAAAGCUGCGUCUGCAGAACAAAGCCAAGGUGACCUCCCUCACCGCACAGCUGGAGGAGCUGAAGAAACAACAGGGAGGUCAGGGCACGCCAACACACAGCAAAAAGGGGCCAUCAGAAGGAGGAGGGGAUCAAGCCAGUCGAGGCAAGAUUGUCUUACUAAAGAAGAAGGUUGAGGAACUAGAGCAGCAGCUUGCACAAAGACAAGAGGAACUGGAAAACAAGAGGAUGGAGGUCGAGUCACAGCGGCAGCGGGGUGAAGAAAUGGACGCCAUGCUGACAGAGAGGGACAGGAAACUGGCAGAAAAAGAGGCAUAUAUUGUUCACCUGCAAACAGCACAAGCAGGAGAUCAGCCCAUCACAUCUGCACCACAACAAAAGGAAGCAGAGGACAGUGGAGCAAUGCAGGAUCUGCAGCUGCUGGUGCAGAGCCUAAACAAGAAGGUGGGAGAAGCAGAUGAGCGCUACAGUUUGCUGCAGGAGCAGACGGACAGCCUCAAAGAGCUGUUGGCCACAGAGAAGGAGCAGUACACUCAAAAGGAGAGCAUGUACAAACAGAAUAUCCAGACAUUCAAAGACAUUAUUAUUCAGAAAGAUAACCAACUGAUGGAGAUCAACCAGAUGCAUGAACAGGAGCUCUUCAAGCUAGCAGCAAAGUCUGAUGCCAGCGCAGACUUAGAGCAGCUUUUGAAGGCUCUAAAACAGAAGCUUCAUGAGAAGGAGGAAGUGCUGCUGGGUAAAGCGCAGGUCAUUGACGUUCUGCAGGGAGAGGUAGAUGGCAGAGACCAACAGAUAAAGGAGCUUACAGAGCGGCUGCGUCGGCUACAAGUAGAACGAGAGAGCCUGGAAUCCAAGAUGGAGGCAGAGAAGCAUGUGAUGCGGGCACAACUUCGUGACCUGAUGGAAAAGCAGCAAGCGGAGGUGAAGCGAAUGGUUGAGCAGCAUCAGGCACAGAUGGCCCAAAUGCAGCAGGAUCUCCUGGGGCAGCUGGAGGAGCUGAGGAAAGCCUCGGUAGCAGAACCACCUCCCAGUCAGGAGGUCUCAGGAAGUGGAAUUAUACCUGCAGAUUCAGCCUACAUCCAACGGAUAGCUGAGCUGGAAGCCCAAGCAAAGCAAAAAACAGACGAGGCCAGCAGAUCAGAGGCCAAAUUCCUGAAAAUGAAAGCCUGGUCGAAAUCUCGGAUUAGACAAUUGGAGGAGGAGCUGAAGAAAAGCCAGGCUGGAGUUGCCCUCCCAGACUUGACUGCCCUGCAGAGUCGUAUCACAGCACUGGAGGAGGAGAGGGAGGAAAAUCUGUGGAAAUUAGAGCAAUUUGAGGAGCUCAAAGCAAAGAAUGAAAUGCUGGAGGCUAAGCUGGUGGUAUAUGAGGAGCAACAGAGGACACUACAGGCAGACCUAGAGCAGUUCACCAAGAGGGCAGCCUCUCAGGCAAGCGAGUCCGGCAGUGCUGAUGACACCCAGAGCCAGGUGCUGGAGUGGCAGGAGAUGGUAGCUGAGGCAGUGAGCGCCAGGGACCGCGCCAAGGAGGAGAAGGCUGCCAUGGCCCUCCGCAUCAGCCACAUGGAGGAGGAAAGAGAGGGACUGAUUGAGGAUGACUGGUUCUUUCCUGGCUGCUCCGAUCCAGCACUGGCCACUCGGCAGCAGGAGUUGGAGGAGGAGCUGGCUCAAGCUCAGGGGCUCGGUCACCACAGGGCCAAGAAGCUGGCAGCUCCAGCCCAGCGAAGUUUGCAGGAGGACUUUGAAUUUGAUGGGCAGACCUCAUUCCAGAACCCACGGAGCGCCUCUGAGAGCACAACCCCGAUGGAGGGAGAGAAUAUGGGAGAUGGAUUGCGGUCUGUUGUAGAGGAGCUGGAGCUGGAGAGGAACCAACUGCAGGAGCAGAUACUGAGCCUAGAGGAGCGAUGUCAGGAUCUGGAGGAUCGACUGCAGCUGCAGGCCCGCAUAGAGGCAUUGCAGAAUGAGUCAGACAAACUACAGAGCCAACUUGCCAGCGUCCGAAGUCAACAGAGCAGAGAUGCAGAGAAGCAUCAGCUGCUUGUUAGCAGUCUCAAUGAACAGCUCAAAGGGUUGAGUAACACACAAGAAUGCCUGGAAAGCUCACUCAUUGAAAAAGAGAAUACAUUGGCCAAGACGUCUGAGAAACUUGAGCUCAUCAGCAGCCUCAGAGAAUCCCUGAGUGAAAAAGAAAUUCAGUACAAAGAGGUGUCUGAUAAGCUCCUUCAGACUGAACACACUCUUGAGAAUGUUUCCAAGAAAUUUAGCGGCUCAGAGAAACAGUGCUCUGAGUUAAAAUCAGAAGUUGUUGACCUCACACAGAAGCUGAAUGUGCUGAAGGACAAGGCACAAAAGCAAGAAGUCACCAUAGAAACUUUACAAACUGAGCUGGAUCAGACAAACGAGGAGCUGGACAAAUUAAAUUCUGCCCACCUGGAAGAACGAGCCCAACUCAUCCAUGACCUUCAAAGCUGCGAGCGGGAAAUUGAUAGACUUAAAGAUGUACUGUUGGAAAAGGAAGAGGAGAUUUCAAACCUAUCUGGUAACAUGGCGGAGUAUGCAGAGCAGGUCACAGUACUGAAGCACGAGAUUAAACUCAAAGAAGAGAACCUGGUUCAUGUAGAAAAUGCACUGAGUAAGGCAGAGCGGGAGGCCAAGAUUAUCAGAGACUCCCAGACUUCAGACCAGCAAGCCCUGGAUAGGAAGAUCACAGAGCUGGUCGAGAAACUCAAGGAUACAGAGAUGGAGUUGGUCAAAACCAAAGAGGAAAGAGAGUCUAAAGGGGCUGAGUUGGAACAUCUGAUAAAGCAGGCUGAAGAGGACAAGAAAACCAUUCAGGACCUGCGGGGGGAGAUUCAGAAACAGAUUAUGAGCCAUCAUAAUCAUCUUUCCGAAUGUGAAACACAUGUCACUUCACUAAAGGAACAGCUGAUGUUAUCCACCCAAAAGCUGCAGGAGUCAGAAGAACUUCUUUUACAGCUCAGGGACAAAAAUACCAGCAAUGAGCAGCUACAGCAACAGCUCAGUGAUAAAGAACAGCUGUAUGAAAAACAACUAAAAUCAUUCAAGGAUGAACAGAACAAACUCUUGGCACAGGUGGAAAAAUACAGUAAUGAAAGGCAGACAUUGUCCAAACAAUUAGAAGAGCAAGUACGGAGUGAGGAGCACAUCAAAAAGGAGAUACAAGAGAAACUGGAAACCAUAGCGUCACUGGAAAACCAACUUAAGGCAACUGAUAAACAGGCCAAAGACGAGAGGCAGAAAUUCAACACUGAAUUGCAAGUCAGGCAUUCAGAAAAUGAGAAAUUAAGCAGUGAACUUCAAAGUAAAUCUGAAAAUAUCUCCAAACUCAAGAAUCUAUUAAAAAGCAUGAAGACAGAGAAAAAACAGCUGCAAGAAAAACACAAAGAGCUGACAGAGGAACUUGAGCUACAGAAGCAGAAUGUUGAUAAACUUAGUAAAAAGGUUACAUCUGCUCUUGAACUCAACCACAGUCUUGAGAAUCAAGUAGAUUGCCUCACAAAAGAGAAAGAGAGACUUGAACUGGAAGCAACUAAAAGCGCAAGAACUAUUGCAGAAGUUACAUUUGAAAAAGAUUCCUUGCAAGCCAAAAUAUCCAUAUUGGAAAAGCAGCAUUCACAAAACAACAACAUCAUUGAAGGGCUCCAAAGAGAUAAAGAGAAUUUGACUCUUCAAACUAAUGAGUUAAAUAAAGUUCUUGAGCGAAGCACUCAUUCAAACUCAGAGAUUUUACUGACAAAAACAAAUGAAUGUAGUAAUCUCAGCCAGUUACUACGAGAGAGGGAUGAGAAGGUGACACAACUGCAGGAACAAGUGCAAAGCUUGACUUCUAAGGUAGACCAGUUCCAGCAUGACAUGGCAGAAAAAGAACAGACUGUCAGUGAUCAUCGAACACAGAUAGAGGCCCAAACAAUACAGCUAACGCAACUUCAGGAGACGCUGUCUCUGCUGCGAGAACAGGAAUGCAGUCUCAAGUCUGGCUUACUGGAGAAGGAUACAAUGUUGAAAGAGAAGCAGGAAGAGUACCACAGUUUGCAGAACGAAGUCACACACCAGAAAAAUAUUGUAUCCAAGCUACAAGCAGAAGCUGAAUCACUUAGUAAAGAACACUCACAACUAUGCCAGCAAAUUGAGGAGAGAGAAGAAAUAUUGAAAAAUAUGACCCAACAGUGUCAGAAACACAAAGAAGAAUUGAAUGAUACAAACCAGACUGUUACGUCUCUCAGUGAGCAAAUCCGUGUCAUGGAAGAAAAUGCCAGAAAGUUUGAGUCUGAAGCAGAGCUGAGGCAAACAGAGCUGGCUAGCUUAAACAGCCACAUCAAGAUAAUCACUGAGGAACAUCAGCAACUCCGUGCUGCUUGUGGAUCCAGAGAAAAGGAGUUUGCUGAACUUAAUGGAAAGCUUAAAGCAACUCAAGAACAGAGCUCAAGUUUUAGCAUGAAGAUUAGCAGUCUAACAGAAAACAAUCAGAGACUGCAAGAGGAGUUAACACAGAACAGCCAAUCAGUUUCUGAACUAACCACUGAGAGGAGUUUACUCCAAGAACACAAUUCUGGCCUUGAAAUUCAAAUCUCAGAGAAUCGGAGAACGAUUGACAGUCUGUUGAAGGAAAAGGAGAAGCUCAUUGUCGCAGAAGAUGAAUUAAAAAAGAUGCUCAAGGAAAGCAAGCAGUCACUUUCUGAAGGUUUGCUUGAGAAAACAAGUGAAUGUACUAAUCUGUUAAAAAUGUUAAGGGAGAGAGAAGAACAGAUUCAAAGUCUGCAGGAGCAGGUUGACGGCUUUGAAAAGCAAGUUAGUCAACUCAACGCGUUGUUGAAUGAGAAAGGACAAACAGUAGAACAGCAGAGUUCACAGUUGGAAGCUCAGCAGAACCAACUCCUGCAACUUCAGGAUACUGUAUCUAUGCUUCAGGAACAAGGAUCCGUCCUCAAGUCAGGGCUAAUGGAGAAAGACACAAUUGUUAAGCAGAGAGCAGAAGAGUGUAGCCUUUACCAAGAAGAAGUUGUGCAACAAAAAGCCCUCGUAUCACAGAUGCAGGGUGAGAUAGAGUCACUCAGAAAAGAGUGCUUGGAGGCAAAACAGCAGAUAGAACAAAAAGAACAGACAUUGAAAGAAGUAACAAACGAGUUUCAAAACCACAAAGAGGAGCUGAAUAAACGGAAUGAGUCAGUGAUCUCACUUAGUACUCAGCUUGGUGCCAUGAGCAAAAAUGCUGCAGAGACGGAGGUUGAAAUUACCAACCUUAAGUCCGCUGUGCAAAAACUCACUGCAGAACAUUGUCAGCUGUCACAGAAGGAGGACCAGAGGAAAGCAGAGAUCACUGAUUUUCAAGGUAACAUUCAUGCACUGAAUGAGCAGAAUACAAGAAUAAAAUCUGAACUUCAAAAAACUGUGACAGAGCUGACCAAAGCACAAGAAGAGGUCACACACCUUCAAACAGCAGUCUCUGAUGGGGAAAACAAACUUAAAACUGCCGUCUCAGAGAAUGAGAGGCUUACUUUGACUGUGCGAGGAAAAGAUGAGUCUCUGAAACAGCAGGAGAAUUUAAUCCAGCAACUCAAUGGCAGGAUUACUGACCAGGAGAUGCAGCUCAAACAGAAAGCAAAUGACAAUGAUAGUUUAAGUGCAAAAAUUUCAGAGCUUGAAGAUUCUGUCUGUAAACUCAGAGGGCAAGUUAACAGUCUUUCUUCUGAGUCAUCCAUGCUGAAAAAUGCUUUAGAGAAAAAGGAACAGACAAGUCUUGAAUUUCAAAGUCAUUCUUCAGCUGCUGUUGAAAGUCUCAAUUCAAAUCUACAAGCCAAAGAGGCUGAGUGUGAGAGCUUAAAAGAACAGACUUCACACCUUGAAGAAUCAGUCAGAAAGCUCAACAGCACCCUCCAAGUGCAGAUAUCUGAGGUGGAAUGUUUGAAAAAGGCUUUGGAAGAAAAAGAGUUAGCUCUUUCAGACCAAUCAAAGUCUCUUCAGGAUAUUCAGAGAAGAGCAGAUGAGGCUUUGCUCUUCAAAAUUCAGUUCAUGGAGAGCACAGAGUUGGUGUCACAGCUACAGAGUCGUAUUCAGGUACUGUCCACUGAGUCUGGAAACCUCAGAAAGUCAGCAGAGGAAACAAAAGGUGCCCUGAACAACCUACAAGAGAAAUAUGCAGCUAACUUAGAGGAGCUACAAGAUGUGAGACAGCAGUUGUCCAAAAGAACUGGUGAAGUGUCCAACCUUCAGAAGUCACUGGAAGACAUCAAUAAUGAACAUCAGGUAGCAAAGACCAUGAUAGAAACACUGAGAAAUGAAUUGUCUGCAUUCCAUCACAAACUUGAGAAGACAGAGGACCUCAACUGCAGUCUUUCAAAGGAAAAGGACGAAGCUUUUGCUUCUCAUCAAGCAAGCGUGUCACUGCUUACUGUUGAAAUAGAAAGACUCAAAUCACAACAUCUUCAAGUUGUGGCACAGAUGGAUGCACUGACAGAAAACCUUGAACAGAGAGAAAUGGCUCUCCACGCAAUUAACAGCCAGUACACAUCCCAGGCCAAACACACAGCCCAGCUGGUUUCAGAAAUGCAGAAACUAGAGCAGCAAAAUAAGAGACUAAAUGAGGAGGUUAGUUUGUCAAAGGAAGAGCACCAGAAGCUUCUUUCUGUGCUCAGUAAUGAAAACACGCAUUUACAAGAGGAAGUUAGAAAACAUCUUGCAGAGAGGGAAGAGCUGGAAAGGAAGCAUCAUCAAAUAUGGGCAUCGCAGGGGGAGCUGCAGGUUCAAAUGGAGCAGCAGUCCAGCAGCAUGAAUGAAAUAAUGGAGAAAAUGAUGUCGGAGAAGGAGAGCCUUCAAGCAAAGGAGGCGAGGCGGAAUAUGGAUGAACUACAGCAAACCGUAAAGACAAUGCAAACUUACAGAAUGCCACCUGAAAAUGAAAUCAGCAGCUACAAGGAAGAAACAACAGAUCUGAGGUCUAACACAGAGAGGACGGACACACUGCCAGUUGCAGAACCAGUUGUGUUGGCAGGUCAGAGUGGAAUGGACAAGGUGGUGAGUAGGUUGGAGGCAGAGAGGAUCCAGCUCCACAGAGAUCUGCAGCGCUGUAUGUAUGAGAUCCAACAACGAGACCACUACUUCCAGCAACUCAACCUGAAGCUCCAGCAGGCAGUAGAGGAGAAAGGUGCUGUUGCAGAUCAGCUGAGGGCUGUUUCCCAAUCCCUGAGGGACACCCAGAGUCGCUGCCACUGGCUGGAAAACCAAGUCCAAGGCCAGACUCAGGGGUUAGUAUGUGCUGAGGUUGCACCUGGAGCCCCACAGGAGAGGAGCAACAACUCCAUGACUGCUGAAACUGCUGAAGCCUCUCAGCUCAGAGAAAGGCUGCUUGAGUUGGAGCAGAGUCUGACAGAUGAGAGAGCGAGAAGAGAGACAGCUGAGGAGGCUCUUCGUCUUGCUGAGGACAGAGCAAAGAGUGUUGGUUCCAGUGUGUCUAGAGAUAGUCAGAGGGACUUCAGUAUCGACAUGGAGACAGAAGAGGAGUGGGACGCCCUCAGUCUCAACCCAAACCAGCCUCUAAUAACACGAAAGGUGAAAGGUGGCAUGGUGGUGUGUCGACGGUGGCUCAGAGGGAGGAGCCUCUACUUUUCCAGGCUGCUGACGAGCCGCGCCCGCUCUAGAUAUUUCUUUCUGGCCUACUUGCUCACAAUACACGUGCUUGUCCUCAUGUGCCUCACUGGUGCCCUGUAGCCAGGUCACGCUGGGAAAUUACACAAAUUGGCUCAAGGUGAAAACUGAAAGCUGAAGUCAAGUUUUUUUUUGUUUGUUUGUUUUUUAGCUAACAGCAUUUUAAUAUCCUCUCUUUAUUGUAAAGCAUUGUGAAACACUAAAAGUGGCACACUUAAAGCAGUUGGAGAGGCUCUCCAUACUCUUGUCAGAUCACACCUGUCCUCUCUCAUGUUGCCAGGAUAAUAUGAUGAUGUUUAGGUUACCUGCCCAAUACAUGAUAGUGCAGUUUGCAGUUAGAUGGAUCUGAACCACAGCAAGGCAGUUGACUACAUUUUAAAAGAUUUCAGAUUAAAUUCUCCACAAAAUAUAAUUUAAUGUAAUCUUCAUUUAUUUGUAGUUAUUUUUUGUAAGACUGAACACAGUGAGUUUCUGUUAAACAACUAUUUUUUUUUCUUUCUCUAAACCAAGCCUUAAAGUACACGUGUGUGUGUGUGUGUUUGUGUGUGCGUGCAUGCGCAGCGCACGUGUUGGGGGUACCUACAGUUUAUUCUUUUUAGAUCCUGAUUAGAAACGAGUUUAAAAAAAUUUAAUCUUUAAUACAAAUCCUUAAACUGAUGGAGUAGAAGAAGAAUGACUUGAAGUUCAAUGUAACCCUCUAAUGUAAAAGCAUAAGAAGGUGCAGAAAGCCAUAUACAUUCUUAACACUAUAGUGUAAACCUUGUUUUAUAAUCUUAUCACCUCUCCACCCUGUUUCCCUUCCUGAGCUGGAAACAAACAUGCAAACAUCCCGUCAGUGACCGCAGUGCAUCCCAAUCACAAAUGUCUGCACCAGCUGCUGUUUUCUUUUGCCUGCCUGGUUUCAUACCUUGCACAUAAUCGUGAUGCUGAGUUAAAACUAUGCACUGAAGCUCCAAAUGUGUAUAUAAUCAUCUUAUAUAAGCUCAGACACACUACACCUCUCCCACCCUGUUCCCUUUAAACUGCAAAGCCAAUGGUGUCUGUAUCCUUACCUUGGUAGUUUGAAUUAAGUGCUCUCAUGCCUGUUAAAGAUAGUGGGAGACAGUGGUUUCCAUAUAUCUUUAAAUUUACUUUGGUAUCAUGGUAUACCAGUGAAAAUGUACUGCAAAAACAAAGCAGAUGAUAAGAAAGUACAUACUGUGUGUAGUAAAGGUUUAUUGUAUUUAUGUUUGCAUUUUCAGAGAGUAUGCUGUACAGUAUCUGUAAUGGACUGUAUGUAUGUAUGUAUAUAUGCAUUUCUAUCCUCCCUGCCUGAUCUUUGAUGACUGCAUUUCUUCUUGAUUGUUUAGUCUGAAAAUGUGAUUGAUAAAAAAGAAGGUGUAAAAACACAAUCUGCAGUCCUGUCUCCAGAUGUUUUCUGGCUUGUUAAGUCAACAGAUUUUGUAGAAAUGCACAGUUGCUGAGGAGUUUGUGGUACAUUGUCCUAAUAAUCUGUACAUAAAGCUGUGAUUGAUGGACAAAACAAUGAACUGAAUCUAUUUAUGAAAAAGGUUAACUACUGAAAAAUGUUCAAAUGGCAUAUUUUCUCUACUGCCUCUAUUUUUAAGAGAUAGCGAUGCUGUUGGCCUUUUGGUGACUUUAGGCUUAACUUGGUGCAAUACUGUGUCAGAGGUGAACUUUGUCAGAUCACCCUAAACCAUCUCGAAAGAAGUUUAAUAAAGCCUAUUGAACUUA